UACUAGGUUACAAUUGAUCAAACUUGACAACGUUGGAUAAAUGAGGUUAGAAUUACAACAAGGGUAGAUUUUUCCCGCGUUCUUCAGUUGAGUUCAUUGUGCGCCAGUCUCACCAUUUUGUUUGUCGAUCCCGCGUUUGCUACGUUUUUUUAUUUAUUUGUGUUUAAUUGCUGUAUAAUCAUGUUUGAAGCUCGCCUAGUAUCCAGUGGUACCUUGAAAAAAGUAUUAGAUGCAAUCAAGGACCUCCUAAAUGAGGCAUCCUUUGAUUGUUCAGAUACAGGCAUUCAAUUACAAGCAAUGGAUAGCUCUCACGUAAGUCUGGUCUCGCUUUCUUUGCGCGCUGAUGGUUUCGAUAAGUAUCGCUGUGAUAGAAAUCUUACAAUGGGAAUGAAUCUAGCGAGUAUGACGAAGAUUUUAAAAUGCGCCAAUAAUGAUGAUACCGUCACUGUCAAGGCCCAAGAUGAUGCAGAUUGUGUUACGUUUGUUUUCGAAUCAAAAAAACAGGAGAAGAUAUCCGAUUAUGAAAUGAAAUUGAUGAAUUUGGAUCAAGAGCACUUGGGCAUUCCUGAAACUGAUUUCUCUUGUGUUAUACACAUGCCAUCGGGAGAGUUUUCCCGUAUCUGCAGAGAUCUUUCCCAGUUUGGAGAAUCUGUAAUCAUUUCCUGCACCAAAGAGGGUGUUCGCUUUUCGUCUUCUGGUGAUAUUGGUAGUGCUAACAUUAAAUUGGCUCAAACUAAUAAUAUUGAUAAAGAAGAAGAAACUGUAUCUAUAGAUCUACAAGAGCCUGUCACAUUAACCUUUGCCUGUCAGUAUUUAAAUUCCUUCACGAAGGCUACUCCUUUGUCCAAUAGAGUGUCGUUGUCAAUGUCUGCAAAUGUUCCUUUGGUUGUGGAGUAUGAAAUUCCUGAUUUAGGGCAUAUUCGAUAUUAUUUAGCUCCCAAAAUUGAGGAAGAUGAAAACUAACUAUUGAUUUCGUAUUAAACUAGCUUUCUCUAAUUGAUCAAUUUGUAUAUUUUUAUAAACAUAUUUUUAAGUAAUAAAAUGUUUGUAGUGAUUU